GGGAGGGAAGGGAGGAUGGGGCGAGGAAGUCGCCCAUCUGUGCUGUGCUCGGGGGGCGCAGGCAAAUAUUGUCGACUUGGAGAGGAACAUGGCAGGGGAAGAGGACCUGUGGGUCGUUCUCUGCUGCCUCGGCCGCCCAGAAUGCCGGAGAGAGACGGAGGGUUCGGGUCCGCUGGGAAUUGCUGGCUGUUGGGGAAACUUUCCUCCCAGGUCAGGCAUCGCAUUGGGGCUGUGUUUGGAACGUGGAUAAUCACUCCGAGUUUACUAAUGUUUACAGGACUGCGCAGCAGGGAAACGGAAGAGUGGGGGGAGGUGGAAAGCCACUACAUGCCCCACAACAGACAAGACUCACGCGAGGAAGGCGCCCCUGCGCGCUCUACCCGAGGCUUUGCUUCGCAGCGACUUUUAUAGGAGGCUUAUUAGCAUAUUGUGAACGUUCCCCCUUGGCCUUCUGUGAUUGGCCGUGGCCUCUCCCAUGGAAUGUCCUUAUCAGUCCGCUGCUGAACCAUUGGUUGCUGAGCCGGAUGAGGGCGGGCCUUGCGCAGUUACUGAAAUCCUGAAGGAACUGGAUGAGUAUUAUGAGAAGUUCAAGCGGGAGGCGGACAGCGCACAGAAGAGGAGGGUGCUGCACUGCAUCCAGCGGGCCCUGAUCCGGAGCCAGGAGCUGGGUGACGAGAAGAUCCAGAUCGUGAGUCAGAUGGUGGAGCUGGUGGAAAACCGGACCAGGCAGGUGGACAGCCACGUGGAACUCUUUGAGGCACACCAAGAGGUCAGUGACACCACUGGCCACAGCAAAGCUGGCCAGGAUAAGUCCAAAAAUGAGACAAUCACACAGCCAGAGAAGCCCAACAACAAGCGGUCCCGGCGGCAGCGCAACAAUGAGAAUCGGGAGAACGCAGCUAAUAACCACGACCACGAUGACGUCACCUCCGGCACCCCCAAGGAGAAGAAGGCGAAGGCCUCCAAGAAGAAGAAGCGCUCCAAGGCCAAGGCGGAGCGGGAGGCGUCGCCCGCAGACCUCCCCAUCGACCCCAACGAGCCCACGUACUGUCUUUGCAAUCAGGUCUCCUAUGGAGAGAUGAUCGGCUGCGACAACGACGAGUGCCCCAUCGAGUGGUUCCACUUCUCCUGCGUGGGGCUGAGCCACAAGCCCAAGGGCAAGUGGUACUGCCCCCGGUGCCGCGGGGAGAACGAGAAGACCAUGGACAAGGCCCUGGAGAAGUCCAAAAAGGAGAGGGCCUACAACAGGUAGUGGUGGGCCCGGCUGACCGGGGAGAGCGGACAGGCUGGUAUUUAUUGCAUCGCCACCUGGACAGCGGGCGCAGGGGCUGUACGGCGUGGGCCUCUGCAGACCUGGGAAAAGGGGCCGCUCCUUCUGCAGGGAUGGCCGAGUUCUCUGCGUUUUCAUUGGUGCACACGUGUAACAAGCAAGGGGUCUGUGGAUCAGCAUUUUAGAAACUGCAAAUACAGUUUGAAUUAAACACUCAAGUGAGUCUCUGAUUUUGUUUUUUGUUUUUUCCCUGGGGGGCCAGGGAUGACCUGGAAGCAACCUAACACAUUAAAUGUGGAGAGAAAAGAUUCCAUUUAGCUAUUAUUUCAUUUUAAUAAAAAUGUUACUACUUCAUGAACAAGUUUUUUUUUGUUUUUUUGUUGUCUUUUUAGGGCCGCACUCACGGCAUAUGGAGGUUCCCAGACUAGGGGUCGAAUCACCCUACAACACAGGCACAGCAGCACAGGAUCCGAGCCGCGUCUGUGACCUACACCAGAUGACAGCAACGCCGGAUCCUUAACCCACUGAGCCAGGCCAGGGAUCAAACCCACGUCCUCAUGGAUAUGAGUCAGGUUCGUUACUGCUGAGCCACAAGAGGAACUCCAUGAACAAGUUGUUUUAAAAUUUGGCAAGCUGCUAAAAAGAUAGCCCAUAGCAAAUUUGUUUCUUGCUAUAAGAGUGUAUAGCCAUGUAACAAUUCCAUAAAAAGGUUUUUGACGUUUGAAAAUUAUUUUUUAAAAAGCUAAAUGGUCACAUUUUACAUGACAGACUUUUUAUAUACUAGCCCAUUCCCCAAAUGGCCAUUUUUAAAUGAUUUUUUUAAAUGGGUACAUUUUUUUUAUUAUUAACGCAAACAAGAGUGGUCUAGUCAUGGAGCUUCAAAUCACACUUUUGUUCCCACAAAUACUGGUGCCGCCAGCUACAACUUAGAAGAGAUACAAGUAUAUGCUUCCCCAUGAACCUGCACUUGCUCUGUUAUAAUCAGAAGUGCAGCCACAUGCCACUGUGCACCCAAGCUGCAUUUCCUGCUGUGUGCAUGAGAGGUGUACAGGUGUGACAUCAAGAAAUAAAUGCAGGAGUUCCCUGGUGGUGCAGCGGAUUAAGGAUUUGGCCUUGUCACUGCUGUGGCUCAGGUUGAUGCUGUGGAGCAGGUUUGAUCCUGACCUGGGAAUUUCAGCAUGCCACUGGAGUGGCCAGAGGAGAAAAGAGAGAAGUGUACCUUGGCCAGUUUAUUCAUCUACCAGUAUAUUUAAUCUUGACAUAAGUUUUAAGUUCUUAGCUUAAAAAUAUGUACACCAGCAGUUUAGACAAAGCCUUAAGCAAAUUUUGUAUUAUUUUUCUCUCUUAAUAAUGGAGUAGAAGUUAUCUAAUUGCCAACCAAAAAUAAGUGUCCAAACAGAGUCUGUGUUUAGACCAGGGGUUGGGAAAUGACUGCCCACAGGCCAGACGCAGCCUCCACCUGCUUUUGUAGGGCCUGUGAGCCAAGAAGGAUCUUUUACAUUGUUAAAUGGGUUUGAAAAAAAAAAUGAAAUAGAAAACAUGUCUAUUACAUGACAUGAAAAUGAUAUGAAGUUCAAAUUUGAGUGUCUGUAAAUAAAGGUUAUUGGCCCACAGCCAGGCCCAUCACUAA